GAGGUGACGGUGCGGGCUGACAGCCGCGCUCUUAUUGAUCGGGAGAAGCAAUUAAUGGCGAAAUAAACCAAUCAAGCUCUUCGGCACUGAUUCAGAGGCGGACAUUACGCCUGUCGCCCAUUCACGGGCUCUGUUUUGGUCGGAGCGGGCGGCUCCGCGCUCAGCCAAUGAGAAGGAGCCGCCGCCGUACCGGAAGUGACGCUGCCGUACCGGGCUCGGUACCGGGCCCCGCCAUGGAGGCCUGGGUGCGCUUCAGCGCCCAGAGCCAGGCCCGGGAGCGCCUCCUCAGGGCCGCCCAGUACGCCUGUGUCCUGGCCGGGGCCGCGCUGAGCCGCUCCGGGGGCAGCUCCGGGACCCUGAGCCGCCUGCAGCACCUGGAGGCUCACCUGAGCCUGGGCCGCAAGCUGCUGCGUUUGGGGGGCUCGGCUGAGGCUCUGGGGGGUGCCCAGCGCUCGCUGCACCUCCCCGACCCCGUGCUGCGCUUCUGCCUCACCCUGUCCCACCUGAACCGGGCGCUGUUCCUGGCCUGUGACAACGUGCUGUGGGCAGGCAGGAGCGGCGUCCUGCCCGGCCUCGCCACCGACAAGUGGAGCCAGAGGGCCUUCAGGUAUUACCUCUUCGCUCUGCUGGUGAACCUCAGCAGGGACGCCUACGAGGUGCGGCUGCUGCUGGAGCGCGCCGAGGCGGCCCGGAGGCGCGGCAGGAGCCCGGAGAGCAGCGCCGGGCCGCGGGCCGAGGGCAGGAUGCAGCGCCUGCGGCUCCAGCUGCAGCUCCAGCUGCGGCUCCUGCUGCAGGUGCUGAGGGACAACCCGCCGCUGCUGCUGGACCUGCUGAGGAACGCCUGCGACCUGGUGAUCCCUCUGGAGAGGCUGGGGCUGUGCCGGAGCAGCCCCGCGGUCGUGGGGUUCUGCGGGCUCAGCUCCUCCGUGCUCUCCAUCCUCACCAUCCUGCACCCCUGGCUCAAGCUGAAGCCGUAGUUGUCCUUGGGAAUUUUGGGAAUUUUGG